AACAAUGGUGGACAUCAAGAGUGUGGUGCGAUAACGCCUGUGGGUUUGUCAGACAUUUCCUGUACUGCACUAUUCCCUUCUGUUUGUUUUGAUGUCAGUAAAACUGGAAAUCAGAGGUACAUUUACAUUUCUACUACUAUGUCAUGGCUUGAAGCUCAGACCUACUGUAGACAGCAUCACACAGACUUGGCCAGCUCAAGAGAUGCAACUGAAGACUCAGUUAUAAAGGGACUGAUAUCAGGCUGGACUUGGUUUGGUCUGUUCAGAGACUCCUGGAAGUGGACAGACCAAACCAAUUUCUCUACCAUCAGAUGGAUGACUGGAAAACCUGAUAAUGCCCUAAAGAAUGAAAACUGUGGUUAUAUAAAUAACGGUCAGGCUGCUGAUGCUCUGUGUUCAGACAUAAUGCCUUUCUUCUGUUACUCAGAUAUCAAGGUACAACAAACACUAAGAGUGAAGGUUCGAUCUGAUAAGGAUGUGAAUGAUCCUGCAGUGAUGACGGCCAUCUUGGAGCAGAUCAACCAGAAACUGAAGGAUGAUUUGGGGACAGAGAACAUCACAGUGAAAUGGCGUAAACAACCAGAUGGAGUUGUGUUUCACAAGCUGAAAGAAGAAGAAAAAUACUACAUUAGACCUGGCAAAGAAGCCCCCCCCUCUCGAAGAGAAUCACGCCGUGUACACUGUCCCGCAAUUCCUGGACUCCAGGUGCCGAGGUGGCAGGUUAGAAUAUCUUGUCGACUGGCAGGAAUUCUGCCCAGAGGAAUGCUCAUGGGUCCCCGAGAAUGACAUCUUGGACCCCGAACCCCUCCGUGACUUCCACACUGCCCACCCCGACAAGCCCACACCCCGAAGUAGAGGCCACCCACGUCGGCACCAGAGGUCGAAGGGGUCCUCAGGAGUGGACCCUCGGGGGGGUACUGUCACAGAAUCGCCAGGUUCUCCCCUCACACAGCAAACCAGAUAACCACAUAAAAGACACUCACACACACACA